AUGUAUAAGAUCAUAUCCAAAAUGCUCACUCCCAGACUCCAAGGAGUUAUGGACUUUCUAGUGGACCCUAGUCAGGCUGCAUUUGUAUUUGGUAGAAUGCUAACAGACAAUGUUAUCCUAAGUCAUGAGUUGAUUAAGGAAUAUGGGAGGAAAGCAAUCUCACCUAGGUGUAUGUUCAAAAUUAAUAUGCAAAAGGCUUAUGAUUCUUUAGAGUGGCAUUUUCUUGAGGAAGUUCUGAUUGGUAUGCAACUGCCUAAAAGGUUUAUUACAUGGAUUAUGAAGUGUGUCAGGACAGUUUCUUACUCAAUUAUGAUUAAUGGACGCCCCAGUGUUCUAUUUCAGGCAAGGAGAGGGGUAAGACAAGGGGAUAUAUUUAUCCCUUUACCUAUUUGUUCUGGCUAUGGAUUAUCUUACAAGACUAUUGAGAUCAUUGAUGAACAAUAA